CACACCUUUGUUUUCUUUCUUUCAAUCCCCAAAACCAUACGCUUGUUCCAUUUUUAGCUACACCAAUUUAGACCAAACAAAAAAAGAAAAAAACACAAAAACAACGUUGAAAAAACAUAAAUAAGAAACUACCUUAUUUUUGUGUAUUGUGUCUCAUUGUUCGUAACUGUUACGUUAUGAGCUCUAAUUAUAGACAAAGAAAACGGGAAUGAGGUUAAACAAAACCAAACCCUCUUGAAAGUUUGAAGAAAAAAACUGAAAAUGGCUUCUUCUGGUGUUGAAAUUGCGACUUCUUCAUCUUUUGGUUGUGUUCUAAGGGACCGUAAUCAUCGUGAUGGAUGCAGAGAAAGUAGCAAAGUUAAGGCUACACAUGCUGUUUUCCAAAGGAACAUUAAGAACUUUGUCAUGGACCACCUUAACACGCGCGUUACCAUGUCUUCUGAUUCUGCAACUAACGAAAACAACAAUGAGAGUCAAAUGAAGAACAACAACAAUAACAAUGUUUCUUCUUGGGCUUCAAAAGGUAGCACCAAUCUUGCAAGGCUUCAUUUGAAGCGAAACAAUCACAAUGGCAUCAUCAACAACAAUAAGGAUAACGAAAAUGAGCCAUCCUUGGCUUCGUUGAUUAGCCCGAGACAUUCGCGCCUUCUUGAUCGAUGGGCUGCGAGACAAGCUCGUGAGAUGGUGUCAAAUUUGGAGAAUGAAGCUGAAUUGUUGUCCAUUGAUGAUAAUACUAACAAUAACAAUGACAUGCCUGCAGUUGUAAGGACAUCUAGUUCUACCUCGGAUGAAUGUUCUUCGGAGAAAUUGAACGUUGGUGCGUCUUCCCUUGUUCAAUUAUGGGAAAAGAGGCUUAACAAUUCAAAUGGAUCCAAACCAAACACUCCAAUGGAGAAAACAAGUCCAACUGGUGUGACAAGUGCAACUUGCAACAAUGAGAAUGUGUUUGUUGUUAACACUCCAAUUGAGAAAACAAGUCCAACUGGUGGUGCAAGUGCAACUUGCAACAAUGUGAAUGUGUUUGUUGUGGAAGAACAAAGAGGGUCGGAAAUAGGAGAGGGUUUUGAAGGACCGUUAUCAUCAGGGAACGAAGAAUCGUUUUCGUUUUCUUCGUUCACUGAUUGGGAUUCUGAUAAGACAGGUGAUCAGAGUAGGUUGUGUUCAGUUGAUCAAAGUAGGAAGAAUUCGUCGGAAAGUGAUAGAGUUAGUGUUGCUGAUAUCAUAAAGAAACUCACUGCUACAAGUCAAACUCAGAGUUCACCUCCAUCUUCUGGUGAUGAAAAUGAUCAUGAAGGAUGUGGUGGUGGCAGUGUGGCAAGUUCUCCUCGUAAAGAUUUUGCACCAGAACUUUCAGAACAAAGAGCCUUUCCUCAGGUUACUUGUUCAACAAGAAUUAGAGGACGUCGAGCUUUCAAUGAUUUGCUUAUGCAGUUGGAGCGUGAUAGGCAUGGGGAGCUAAAGAACUUGGCUGAACGUGGAACUGUCUCCAAGUUCGCACAAAAAGGUCGCAUUCAGGCAUUACUUCGACUUAAAUUGUUACGUGGCGCGGCAGCUAAUGUUCCAUCACACCAGAAAUCAACAUCAUCUGAAGUAUACAGACGAGUACAACCACACGGAUCUGCAAUUAUGCAACUAAGGAGAAAUUUUAGCACUAGGGUUGAAGAAAAAAAUACAGUACAGGCAGAAGUAGCAAACACACGAAGUCCUCCCAAAGAGAUAGUAAACAACAUCACACAAUUAGAAAACUCUACCACUGCUGAUCAAAUCAGUAAAGACACAAGCGGCCAGAUUGUGCAUGGAACUGUCAGUCGUGCCAUAGAAUUGACAAAGUCAGAGACUCAGACUAGUGAAGAAGAUCAUCCAAGCUCAACUGUCAUGUCUCAAGAAACAUGUUUUGAGGCUCAGCAUGAUUACUCUGAGGAAGAGGAAAUUAACCAGCAAAAUGAUGAAACUAGUUGUGAUUGUGCAGUAGAAGAGGAAGCAAGUAAUCAGAACUAUGCUGAAAGCAGUUAUGAAGAGAUGGUGGAAGAGAACUAUGAUGAAAAUAAUUAUGACUGGAUCAGUGAAAUUUCUCGACCGAGGAGCUAUUGGGAAGAGCAGAGACAAGCAUGGUAUAGAGAGAUUCUUGACACUGGUUCUCCAAAUGAAGAUAUACAAGUGCUACUUCAAAGAAGAACAGUUUCAACAUUCCUAUCCAGUGGCUUCCGUGAAACAAUGGAUAGGUUGAUGCAAUCUCAUAGAGGAACACAAACACAUCUAGUUAGUAGUCAAGAUGAUGAGAUAGACAAUGAAGGGUUGAUGGCGUUUUUCCAAGAACACUUGUAUCCUGGAAGAUCUCCUCAAGAAAAUGGAACAGAGAGAACGGUAGACGAAGAAGAAGAAAGGGUAAAUGAGGAGGAGGAGGAGAAGCAAGAUGAGAAAGAGCAUGAAGAGGAGCAAGGAGGGGAGAGCUUGAUUAGUAGUAGCUUGGUUAGUAGUUUGUGCCAUGAAGUCGGAGACUAUUCUAAUCAAUCCUCAUCAUGGAGUUAUAGAGACAAUGAAGCUGGUGAUGAUUUUGAUAGAGUUGCUUCUACAUCUUCACAACCUUAUCAAUCUCAGUCUUCCUAUCAUGAUAAUCGGCCAAACUCCGCAUCUACCAAUCAUCAUUCAAUUGAAAUGGAUCUCAUAUAUGAUAUGAGAGGCCAUAUGGAGCAACUUUAUCAAGAGAUGAGUGAACUGAGGAAAUCAAUAAAGAGUUGCAUGGAUAUGCAGAUGCAGAUGCAGUUACAAAAAUCCAAUAACCAAAGGGUGCAAACAGCUGAAAAAGAAGAAAAGAAGUCACAUAACAAGACUGGUAAGAAAGGAAACUGCUGCAUUUGCAAUGAGAUGAAAGUUGACUCAGUUCUAUACAGGUGUGGACACAUGUGUGCAUGUCUGAAAUGUGCCAAUGAUUUACGGUGGAACAACGGAAAAUGUCCAAUAUGCCGUGCUAAUAUAGACGAUGUUGUUCGAGUUUAUCUUGAUGUAUAGCCUAUCUCGGUUGAAAGAGUAUCUUACUUUAGAGGACCAAAUCCUUAGUCGUGAAACUUAGUGAACUACUAAUACAGUUUAACGUCAUACUUGAAUUUCUCCUUUUCACCUAUACUUUUUAAGUAUAUGAUUUUUUUUAGGAGAAAUUCGGUUGACAAAAUCAUUGUACAUUUGAUAGUUUUAAUCUAACCUUUUUUCCUGCUGACUUA